GUUCAUUGUACCUCUUUUGCUUGUGACAAUCUUCCUCUUUUGCUUGUGUAAUAGGCUAAGGGUAUUAAAUUUAAUGUUUAUUUUUGUAUAAGAGAAUAAUUAAAGCGUUUUUUAAUCAAAAAAAUUAAACACCUAAAGCCGCAUCACCAGCGUUGACCAACGUUCCGGUCAAUCGAAUUCGGUAUUAGGGUUUAAACCCAACCGUCCCCCAUUUCUCCACCGCGCUUAGCUAAUGUUGACGACUCUUCGAUCUCGUUGUUCGUCUCUUCUUCUAAAUCAAUCAUGGAAGCUAGCUCCCAAUCGCAUCUUCGCUUCCUCUCCCUCUUUUUCUUCAUCCGCCGGGAUCUCUAAUGUCUCAGAGAUUCUCACACUUCCCGAAGUGGAGAAGAUUCUCGCCGACGUGAAAGCUGAUAACGUGACUGUGAUUCCUACACAUAAUCAUUGUUUCUGGGCUGAUUUCACUGUCAUCGCCACCGGUAGAUCCGAUUGGCACUUAAGAAACAUCGCUCAAGCUUUAGUUUAUAGGGCCAAGCAAAAGCAGAAAGGAGCUAAACAUGUAAUGUUACCUUCUGUGCAAGGGUACAAUAGCAAGUGGAUUGUCAUAGACUACGGAAAGUUUGUAGUCCAUGCACUUGAUGAGAAAGCCAGAGGUUAUUUCAAUUUGGAAAGCCUUUGGUCUGCUGAAUCCUCUGGUACUGAUACUUCAGAUCAGGAUCUCCAAAACGUUUUUGUAAAGGUCCGACCAAAGAACAAUUCGAAAAGGAAACCGGCUAAAGUGAGUUCUUGAUCCUGUCCGAUGGAUACAAUUUCUCAUAAACUUCUCGAGUCUAGACGAGUUAAGAAUAGGAGGAUUUUAAAGCCUAUUAAGUAUUUAUCUCCUUAAUAUUUUUUUUUUUGGUAAGUUUUAUCUCCUUAAUAUUUGUAGUCAUCUAUCUAUUUUUUCCUUAAUAUCUUUGCUUAAAAAAAAUAAAAAAUUUAGUCAUCUAUCUAUUUUUUUUUUCUUUUUUAAAUAUGGAAAAGGAUUAAUCUGUCUCUCCUCCUCAAAAAAAGGAAACGAAUUUAUCCCUCUUAAUAUAAAUAAUCAAAUUGGCAAACUUGG